ACGCAAAGGUGCACCCCUUCUUAUUUUGGUGUUGCAAACAUAGGAGCGAAAUUCAGAUUUUCAUUUAAUCUUCUGACAAAUUGUUUUCCUGAUUGAAAUCGAGUUGGUAUUGUUAUAGUUUAGAUUAAAGUAUAAAAUUAACGGAGUAGCUUACUUGUAAAAUCUUGAUGAUUAAUUAGUAGUUAGUUACUGGUGAGGGCUGAAUCAAAAUUCGGUGUGGUAAUUCAAACCGAAACUCGUCAUCAUCAAAAGCAAUUAAACAAUACGAAAUGCACGAGAAGGGAGUGUGGUGAGAAAUCGAAUUCGAAUUCAAAAUCGAUUAUCAAUGAAGUGCAGAUCUGUCGCGUGCAUAUGGUCAGGCACACCCUUCCCUUCCGCUCACAAACUAACCGCUGUCGUUGCUUUCACCCAACCACCAACCUCCGCCUUUUACACCGCCGGAUCCGAUGGCUCCAUCAUCUGGUGGACCCUUUCCACUUCCACUUCCUCUCCGCAAGUUAAAGCGGUUGGAGUGUUAUGUGGUCACGCAUCACCAAUCACUGAUCUCGCUCUUUGUACUCCAAUCUCACCCGAAGAAAACGACGACGUUUCAAUGACAACUAAUUUCACUGCGUUGAUAAGUGCUUCUUGUGAUGGUUUCUUGUGUGUGUGGAGUAAAAGCAGUGGACACUGUCGUUGCAGAAGGAAAUUACCACCUUGGGUUGGUACUCCACUUGUAAUUCGAACACUUCCUUCUACACCGCGAUAUGUUUGUAUAGCUUGUUCUUUUGUUGAUUAUUACUAUUCUGUUAAUGAUCAGUUAGGGGACAGAGAAAAUCACCAUAGGAAGAAUUCUAAAUCUACCAUCCUUAUUGUGGAUACAUAUUUGCUUUCCAUUACUCAAACUGUUUUUCAUGGACAUUUAUCCAUUGGUCCUAUUAAUUUUAUGUCACUGGUUUUUUCUGAUGAUGACGAGAAGAGGAAUUCGGUUUUUGUGGCUGAUUCUUUUGGGAAACAACAGAUGGUUUCCAUAUUGGAUGAGCCACACGAUUGUGUGGAAAGCUUGGCGAGUCCACACAAUGAUAAAUUGCCGUUGGAAAGUUCUUUUUCUGGUGAGGGAUUCUGCGGUGUCGAUCAAGUUGUUUUGGUUUUAACCUUUGGGAACGUUGUUGGUUUUGUAUUGAAAAAUAGAUGUAUUUUUAGGUCAUUGUUUAGUGAUACUACAAUUGGAGAGGUUUCUUUUGUGGACAACCUCUUUUUUUCAGAUGGGUGUUCCACUCAAGCACAUGCUAUUGGUGGCAUUGUUCUUGAAAGCGAUGAUGUGGGGAAUACACCUGAUACCUAUGAAUGUGGAAACUUGAUUCCAGUACAUUUUGUUGUUUGGAAUAACAGAGGUUAUGCAAUUAUCUAUGAAAUAUCGUAUCAGAAUGAUGUUUUUCAAUGUGAACCGUAUUCUGAGAUUCCUGCCGGUCAUUAUCAACCUGAAAUAAGGUUAUCUACUUUUUUCCUACAAGUGAGUCAAAAUCUUGUGUGCAUCAAGUCAGUUUGUUUUGAUCACGAGGAGCCUUUACUAUGGAGACCACAUAUCACAAUUUGGUCACUGCAUCAAUUUGAUGAUAAACCGGGCAAAUUGUGCCGUCAAUGCAGAAUGGUCAGCGAUGGUGCAUCUUUCACCGACUGGUUUGAGAAGUCUAAUCAGCUCAACAGACUUGGUGAUGUAGAUAUUAAAUCAACCUUUGGUGCAAGUCCAGGUUCUGAGGACAUAGACAACAUACAUGAGGACAUUAUAAGUAAUUAUUAUCCUUACAAGGGGAAGAUAGUUUCUUCUUCCAUGAUUAUCGCCGAGAACCUCUUUACUCCUUAUGCUGUCGUAUAUGGAUUUUUGAGUGGAGAAAUAGAGCUUGUAAGAUUUGAUCAAUUUCAAGGGAUUUUCCUGGAUGAUGAAAGUUCCAAUCCUGAUGAAAAGCCAACUGCAUGCAAACAGAAUUUCACAGGACAUACAGGUGCCGUACUUUGUUUGGCAGCGCAUCAAAUGAUGGGCAGUGCCAAAAGCUGCACUUUUAAACGGGUUUUGGUUUCUGGCAGUUUGGAUUGCACAAUCCGUAUAUGGGAUCUUGACACUGGCAGUCUUAUUAAGGUAAUGCAUCAUCAUGUGGCCGCAGUGCGUCAAAUUAUACUUCCCCCAUCUGUGACAGGACAUCCUUGGAGUGACUGUUUUCUUUCAGUUGGAGAGGAUGCAUGUGUUGCUCUUGUUUCUCUUGAGACUCUGCAGGUGGAACGAAUGCUUCCUGGACACAUGAACUAUCCUUCAAAAGUUUUAUGGGAUGGAGCAAGAGGUUAUAUUGCCUGUCUCUGUCAAACACAUUAUGGAACUUCUGAUGGUGAUGUAUUAUACAUUUGGGAUGUAAAGACAGGUUCCCGUGAGCGACUCCUACGCGGGACAGCUGCACAUUCUAUGUUUGAUCAUUUUUGUAAAAGUAUCAGUAUGAAUUCCAUAUCUGGCUCAGUGCUGAAUGGAAAUACGUCAGUCGCUUCAUUACUUCUCCCAAUAGUCGAUGAUGCAAGGCUCUCUAACUCUCCCUUAACUCAUACAGGGAACUUGCUUCCUUCAUCAAAGUCAUCACCAAGUAUUUCAAGCAUGACUGAGCUGAAUUCUUCUAAACCAAAUGCAGGUAAAGGCAAUUCACCAAAGUCAAAUUCACCAUCUCUGUUUGGUCUUUUGAGUAACAAACUUCCUAUCAAAUGCUCUUGCCCAUUCCCUGGUAUUGUGUCCCUGAGUUUUGAUCUUGCAUCGUUGAUGUUCUCUUUUCAAAAGAAUGAGUCCAUGGAGAAUGGUGAUGGCAAGCCAGUGAAUAACAAUGUGAAGCAGAAGGGUGUUCAGGAGAAAAAUCCAAGCUACCAUAAUCCAGAAACUUCAGAGGGGCACAAUUGGAUUAGCCUUUUUGAAGAAUACUUACUGCGUUACAGUUUGUCAUUUUUACAUUUGUGGAACGUAGACAGUGAGCUUGAUAAUUUGUUGAUAAGUGAUAUGAAACUGAGGAGACCAGAAAAUUUUAUUGUAGCUUCGGGUCUGCAGGGGGAUAAAGGGUCAUUAACAUUGUCAUUUCCUGGUGAGAGUGCUGCUCUUGAGCUGUGGAAGUCAUCAUCUGAGUUUUCUGCAAUGAGAUCAUUGACAAUGGUAUCCCUUGCCCAACGAUUAAUUAGCCUGUCUCACUCAAGUUCAGCGGCCAGCAGUGCAUUGGCAGCAUUCUAUACCAGGAAUUUCAUGGAAAAUUUUCCAGAUAUGAAGCCACCUUCUUUACAGCUCUUGGUGGCUUUUUGGCAAGAUGAAAGUGAACAUGUACGAAUGGCUGCACGCUCUAUAUUUCACUGUGCUGCCUCUCAUGCUAUUCCUCUACCUCUAUGCAAUUCAAAACGUAAUGAGUCAAAUAAUACAAUCUCCCGAACUGGAAGUAAAGACAAACAUCUGGGAGAUGUUAUAGUAGAAAGCAUAUCUCCGAAGACCGAAAACCAAGGAAUUUCUCAAGAUGAGGAAUCCAAAAUACUUACUUGGCUAGAAUCAUAUGAAGUGCAAGAUUGGAUUUCUUGUGUUGGUGGAACCAGUCAAGAUGCAAUGACAUCUCACAUUAUUGUAGCUGCUGCACUGGCUAUCUGGUAUCCUAGUCUUGUAAAACCUAAGCUUUCCAUGUUAGUUGUUCAUCCGUUAAUGAAGUUGGCUAUGGCCAUGAAUGAAAAAUACAGCUCCACUGCCGCUGAGCUCCUUGCAGAGGGCAUGGAGAGCACGUGGAAAGAAUACAUGGUCUCUGAGAUUCCUCAUCUAAUUGGGGAUAUUUUUUUCCAAGUAGAGUUGAGUGGCCCAUCUUCCAAGUCAGUGACAGACAUUCCAGCAACAUCUUUUUCUAUUAAACAGACUUUGGUGGAGGUUUUACUUCCAAGCUUAGCAAUGGCUGAUAUACCAGGUUUUUUGACAGUGAUCGAAAGCCAAAUUUGGUCAACUGCAUCUGAUUCACCUGUCCACAUGGUAUCCUUGUUGACUCUCAUAAGGAUUAUGCGUGGUUCUCCAAGAAAUUUGGCUCACUACCUUGACAAGGUUGUCAACUUCAUUUUACAGACUAUAGAUCCUAGCAACUCAGUUAUACGGAAGGCAUGCUUCCAGAGUUCAAUGACAACUUUCAAAGAAGUUGUACGUGUAUAUCCUAUGGUUGCGUUCAACGAGUCUUGGACCAGACUAGCAGUUGGAGAUGUGAUUGGAGAAGUUAACAAUGCAAGCAUUAGGGUUUAUGAUAUGCAAAGUGUGACAAUGAUAAAAGUUUUGGAUGCAAGUGGGCCACCUGGACUUCCAAAUUUGCUCACAGCAACGGCUUCGGGAACAGUGUUAACUACUGCGAUCUCAGCGCUAAGCUUUUCGCCAGAUGGAGAGGGGCUCGUUGCAUUUUCGGAACAUGGGCUCAUGAUUAGAUGGUGGUCACUGGGAUCUUUCUGGUGGGAGAAACUGAGCCGUAACUAUGUUCCUGUCCAGUGCACAAAACUAAUCUUUGUUCCUCCUUGGGAAGGAUUCUCUCCUAAUUCAUCACGGUCAAGCAUUAUGGCCAACAUUUUGGAUACUGAAAAGCAGCUGAAUUUGCCGGAUAAUACGAGGGAUUCAAAUCAUGGGGACAGUUUGAAGCAAUUGCUCCAUAAUCUGGACCUCUCUUAUCGAUUAGAAUGGGUUGAUGACCGGAGAGUACUUCUUACAAGGCAUGGUAAUGAAUUGGGCACUUUUCAGUUGUAACGAUUCACUAAAACUCGUGCUGGGAAUUUCAGUGAUUUUACAAUUUUAGUUGAGGCGUUACGGUGACAUGGCCCUUUAGCAUGUAUAGCAGCUCAAACCAGCAGCAGAAGAUUUUUUAAUCGGCUCAUUAACUAGAAUACUUCUGGAGGUGAUAUUCAUUGGAGCCCUUACAAUUAUGAGGAUUGAUUGAGAUCAGCAAAGAUGGACUCAGGUCCUCUUAGUGAUUCUCCUCGGGAAGUCCUUCAAAAAGGAAUGUGUUGGACAGAACCAAAAGCCAAUUGGAUGGUAUCCGAUGGUCUUAGUGCCAUGCGGGAUAACUUAGGCUAUCAUUUUGCAACAAUACUGGUAAAUGGAGAAAGAGAGCCUUACAAUUUCGGAACUGUUGGGAACUUAUUCGGGUUGUGGACCAAAUAAUCACUAAGUUGUUCAAAAUGAUAUCACGACUGUGAUCGUCUAUUUGGUCACUGCAUAUAAAUUAGUUAAUUUUUUUUUGUAAGUCCCCAAAGAAUAACGGGGAAAUGUUAGUCUUGAUAGUUAGUAAGCAGAGAGGUUUGUGCAGUUUUUUUCUAAAAUAUAUUUGAUAAGAGAAAAUUAUGUUGAUAUCUUCUGUUCUCUGUAUUUUACAGAAGUCGGGCAUUUUAUUUUAUACCUUGAAAUUUGUACGAGCCUUCGGUUUCUCUUGAAGUUUUAACGAGUAUAGUUGUUUACCGAGGAUCAAAUUGAGAUCAUGCACAACAUGAUAUUUGAUUGAACAAAAGGAAAGCAACUAUACAAGCAAGGGGCAAUUGCUACUUAAGGUUGUUUUGUGUAGAAAUAAGAAAUCUAUUAUCUGUUA